UCGAGGUGUCGGUGCUGCCAUCUGUAUUGUCAAUGUUGUUGGGCAGCAGGCAGCAGCAGCAGCAGCAGCGUAAUGGAGCCGUGAGGCAUUUUGUUCGUGCUGAUAGACGAAACGUUUUAAAAAAGUGUUUGAGCGUUUAAGAUGAAGCUCCGUCGUGUACGGGGCCAAUUACAUCUACGCGCGGCCCAGUGAGUCCAAAAGUUAAACAAGCCCAAAAAACCUGAGGACAGGUGCGUUACACGGCCCGAACAGCGGAUCGUACUCAUCACUUCUCCCAAUCUAUCAGUAUCGUCGUUCUUCUCCGUUUCUACGAGACCUGGUGUGCCCUCCUAUCGCAAUCCCGAUAUACGUCAAUUAUUACAUACAUCCUUGUCAACAAGGAGUUCAUCGCGCUUUAUUCUUACCUCCGUAUUAUACAAAACUCUUGACCAAUUUAUCCGGGCUAUUAUAUCUACGACAGCACAGAUGCUCAACGCGGAUCAUCACUUUUCCACUAGAAGUUUUGAGAGGAAUUUUAUUUCCAAAUAAAUCACUAUAUGGACAGCUAUGUAGGUGCGCGAAGCAGCUCACUUGCAUGUGCCACGUAAGGACUAGCUAAACCGGGCAUAGUAGAAUGGCACAACGGGGCAAGCGAAUAAACAAGAACGACAAUGACUUGGGUUCUUAUCCGGGGGCGAUCAAGAGGCGAAAAUGUAGAUUGGGCCCGGCUGCCGCGGGUUUAUCAGCGUCAACGGUUGCCCUUGGUCCCUCCGAGGAGGAAGAAACGAUGGCGUCUUCGAGUCAGGGCGGUGCUUCGUGGACACCUAGACCCCUCAGCGACAUCAAAAUAUCGAGCAUUUAUAAUCGUUCAGCAGCCGAAGCGCCCGCUGAAUUGUUUCGUAAAGAUCUGAUAAGUGCGAUGAAGCUCCCGGAUAGCGAGCCCCUCAGUCCUAAUGAAUAUUGGGUCAUCACUGAUCAAUGGAAACAGGAGUGGGAGAGGGGCGUACAAGUACCCGUUAAUCCAGAUUCGUUGCCUGAACCCAUGGUCGCAAUCACUCAAACUUUGCCUGCCAAUAAGCAUCAUGGAGAAUUCAAACUACCGAAAAAAUUCCUACGGAUAUCACGUGACGAUUAUUUUAAUCCGGAGGAUCAUCAUCUUAGUACUACACCGUCUAGGGCGGAAAAAGCUUGCGCUUAUGAUCUCGAUGACGUGGAUAUCGCCUGGCUCGACGUUCUAAACGGCGAGAGAGCUCAGGCUGGUCAACCCUCGGUCACCGAGUCUCAGCUCGAGCGUGUGAUAGAGGAAUUGGAGGUUCGAUGUUGGGAGAGAAUUCAGACAAUCGUAAAAAAUGAAGAAGGCUUGGGUAUCGAAUACGAUGAAAACGUCAUUUGUGACGUUUGCAGAUCGCCCGAUUCGGAGGAAGGUAACGAGAUGGUGUUUUGCGACUGCUGCAACAUUUGCGUUCACCAGGCAUGUUAUGGAAUAACGUCGAUACCCGAGGGUUCCUGGCUAUGCCGAACUUGCUCUCUGAGUCAACGUCCCGAUUGUGUUUUGUGUCCGAACAAAGGUGGUGCUAUGAAGUGCACGAGAAGCGGACAAAAGUGGGCACACGUUUCUUGCGCCCUUUGGAUCCCCGAAGUAAGCAUCGGCUGCGUCGAAAGAAUGGAGCCGAUCACCAAAAUCUCCAGUAUUCCGCAAAGCCGAUGGGCUCUUAUUUGCGUGCUUUGUCGUGAGCGCGUCGGUGCUUGCAUCCAAUGCAGUAUAAAGACGUGCAAAACAGCGUAUCACGUUACGUGCGCCUUCAAAUAUGGUCUCGAAAUGAAAGCAAUUAUCGAAGAUGAGAUGGCGGACGACGGUGUUAAAUUGAGGUCGUACUGUCAAAAGCACAGUAGAACGAACACGAAAGACAAAGUCGGCGUCGGAGGGUCCGGGGGCGGAAACUCUGGUAAGGGUGGUUCGGAUUCUGAGGACGGUGAGCCCAGGCCACGAAAACGUAAGGACAUGACGUCUGAAGAAAAGAAUCAAGCACGCGCAGCAAAGUUGCAAGAGAUUGAAGCAGAGUUUGAUAAGCACGUUAGUCUCAAAGACAUAACAUCUCAAAAAUUGGACGUUGACCCCGACGGCAUUGUGUACAUUUACAACUAUUGGAAAUUAAAAAGACGGGCGGGUCACAACAAGCCUCUGCUGGCACCGCGUUGCGGUGAGUUAUCAGGUGCGGGUGCGCGUGCCCAGGGUCAAGCGGCGGAUUUGGAGAAGAUGCGAACAUUUGUGCAGUUGCGUCAGGAUUUGGAGCGUGUUCGUAAUCUUUGUUACAUGGUCGGUAGGCGGGAGAAGUUGUGUCGUACGUAUUUGCGUUUUCGUGAGCAAACGUUUCACAAGCAAACGGCGGUAUUAUCGUGCGGUUCGUUGCCCGCGGCGGCAGCGGCCGCUGUCGCGGAAGCAAAUCAUGGUCCGUCGAUAUACGAUCGUUUGUAUUCGCACGCGGACGCGGAGGAUCACACGCGUGACUUUGAGACGAUAGUGGCACGAAUUGCGGGUAUCAAAUCACCGUCGCCGGUGUCGAGCGACGAGAAAAAGCCCCCGACGGAUUUCAACGGUGCGUCGAAUAAAAAGUUGUAUUUCAACGGUACGGUAAGAAGGAAAGGAUUGUACGGUAGCGAUAUUUCGUCAUUGAGCAGUAGCGAAACGGACACUGCUAAACCAACGAUAAAAACAGCGACGGCGUCGACAACGUCGUUGUCGGCAAUAACGACGACGACGACGCUGACUACUACGUCUACGUUAUCGUCGGGCGCGACGACGAUGAUAUCCCCGAGCACAAAGUUGACGAGUAAAUCAAAGAGUAUAAAACUCGAGACGGAUUCGAGUACGGAGGAAGAAAAUACAUCGCCGAAAACGAAAGUAUCCGCGAGACGAAAGACAAAGAAGUCGAGCGCUCCGGACCGGCCUCAACGGGGGGACAGCAGCUCGAGCGACAAGCCAGGAAGCGCAAGAUCUCGCACGACGUUGCAACACAUGGAGAAAGAAUUGGGCAGCGGCACGGGCAGUGACAGCGACGAAUUAUUGCCGCUCAACACAGUCACUUCGCACUUGGGUCCAUCCGCGUUAGCGGCCAUUUAUUCAGACACGGAUUCCGAUUCCCAGGAACACGGUACUUCCCAUUCCGCUCCCUUCAUUACGAAAGCAGCGGUCAAACAGUUCUCGGCGGCGGACAUUGCGAAAAAUUCGCAACGGAACGCCCACAAGGAACAACGCGUCAACGAGCGCAGUACCCUCGAACCACCGAAUAACAAAGAAAACGCUAAAUCUACGAAAAAGAAAGAGUACAUACCGUCGGCGUUGAUCGUGCCGCAGAGACAGGCCGCGAAAAAAGCCUCCGAAAUAAUGCAGCGCUCCCAGAACAAGAAGGAAGCCGUCGCCGCCGUUGCUACCGCGAUUACGAACGCUGCACCCAUCGAACAAUCGGAAAGCGUCAAAUCCCCUCCCGUCGAAGACAUCAAACCUCCGAAAAUCACAAAAGAAAGAGUGAAAAAGCAAAAAGAUGGCAAGACAAGCUCGAAAGAUCCAAAGAGCAACGACAUUUACGAUUUCGAUAAGGAAUUCGGCGACGGCUCGGAGAUCCUCGCUUACGUGCCACAGAGGCAAGCGGCUAAGAAAGCAGCGGAACACAUCAAGAGCGGUCUCGGUAGUAAAACCUCGCAGCAGUCAACGGAAGUAGAAAUUCCUCCGGACACUAAACCGAAGAAAGAAUUACCGGAGAUCCCGAAGAAACCACUUAAGAAGGAAGAAAUUAUACCGAAAAAGGAAGAAAUGUCACCGAAACCGACGAAAAAACCGACGAUCGAGAUCAAGUCCCAAUCGGCCUCGACGAGUAAUAGCGAUUCGAGCAGUAGUAGCUGCAGCAGCAGUACGACCGAAAGUAGCAGCGAUUCCGAGGAAGAGAAGAGCACGGUACUGCGCGGUCCGUCCCCCGUCAAGAAAGAGCAAGCGAUAUCAUCGACAACCUCGUCCGAGAGCGAUACGAGCAAUAGAUCGAAUAGGAAAAAUCUGAAGAAACGUCAAGUUAACAGAACAACAACAACAACAACAACAACAACAACAACGGCAGCAGCAGCAGCAACGAGCGACGACAAUGCCGCUGAAGUUGCGGAUAAGAAAUUACCCAUGACCACGAUGACACCUUUGACGACAGCUACAGCAACCACAACCACAUCAUCGACGACAUUGUCAGGGCGGAAACUCAAGAAGCUGCCCGAUAAGAAGCUUAAAACUUCCGACGGGCGGCAUGGACUUGAGUUUCAGCCGCCGACUGUUGAGAGAGAAGAAUCAGGUGGAACCGUCGUUAAAGACAAACAACAACAACAACAACAGCAGCAAUCACAAAAACAACAAUCGCGCAAACAACAAUCCUCAUCCGCCGGGUCUUCUUCAUCAUCCAGCGGUAAAAAGAGCGACGCCAGAAACUCGGAACAAUGCAAAGAGUGGGUCUUGGUACACAUGCGAAAAGAAAAAUCUGCGGACCAAAGUGUGUUCAGUGGGUCUCGAGAUAAUGAUGGGCCACGAAAUUUGUCUGGGGGAAAAUCAGGCAAAAAGGUUUCUGCAGCAGUCAAACAGCAAUCCACCCAGCAGCAGCCACAACAACAAUCGAGCUCGAAAAACAAAGAAGACAUCGUGCAAACUCCGCGCAGCAAGCCCGAAGCUAGAAAACGAAAAUCAACUGAGAUUCCGCAAAAAGAUGAGAGAAACAGUAAAAAUGUGUCUGCGAUCAAGAAAGUGGAAAAGAGGCUGAGCGAGAGACAAGCUAAGGAUAGAGAGCGCGAGUCCGAGGAGAGGCGAGAGAGCGAUUACGAGAAAGUUGCGUACGAAAAUUCUUCAGUCCCGAGCACCGAAACGACAACGACGACAACGUCGAUGACGACGACAAUGACGACGACAACGACGACGACGACGACGACGACGGCGACGGCGACAGCGACGACAACAACGGCUGGGGCGUCGACAACGCUCGUAACAACAAAGCAAGAAUCCCCCAAAAUCGAGAGAACGAAAAAGAGUUCGAACAGGAGCACGAUAAAUACUCUCGAAGAGGAAAUGAAACAACGUCGCGCCGAGCGUGACAGUCCGAAAAAGUCGUCGCGAGGCUUGGACAAACUGCUCGAGAAGAGAGAACAUCUCGAUAAAUUGUCGAAGGCGAAAUCGAUCGACGUGAAAAAUGAGAACGAAGAAGCUUUGAGCAGCGCGACGAUAAAGAGCGGGAACGAAGAACCAAGCGUCGAGACCAUUAAAUCGAGCAGCAAAGUCUCCCACGAAGAGAUCUUGAAACGGGAGGAUCGGGCGAGAGUUCCAGUGAUCGACGAACAGUGUAAUUAUUUGAGCAACGAGAAGGAGAAUCUCGCGAGAGAAAAGUCUCUCGGCGACGUGGAAAAAAUGGUGAAGAAGCAGAUCGAAGAUUCUUCGGAUUACGAUAGAACGAGCGAGAGAAAGCACAGAAUAGAGGGAAAGAGCGAGGGCGAUGAAGCAACGGAAAUCGACGUCGUCGAAGCUCCCGGCAGUCUCGCUCAAAAUCCAGUCAAGGAUACCAGUGAUGAAAGCAACGCAUUCGCGAAACCGUUUACGGAUAGAAUAAUCACAACGUCAACGUCCGCGGUUACGACAGCGACGAUCCCAUCGACGACGACAACGACGAGCCUUGGCCCCGAAGCCGGAGAGUUGAAAGAAACGAACAACAAGCGUCGACGAUCGUUGAACCGUUCGAUAUUCUCGCCCCAGCACGGUAGCAAAGAUCCCAGUGUUUCGGAACUCUUCGACUUCGAUCAAGACAUUUUAACCGACGAUAUGGUGAACGACGACGGUUUCAGUAUACCGCGGGACGCGGAGGAACGAGCGGCGCCUCUGUCUUUCUCCUUCAACAACGAAUUGUGGUUCAAGGAAGAUUCUAAAGAGGACAGCGCUCGCGAGACACUUCAUCUAGUCGAAAAGCUGCGAAUGGAAUUAUCGAAAAAAUCAAACUCCGGUCAAUUCGAGCUCGAGCCGACGAUCGCCGUGGAAAAUACGGAGGAAAUAAAGAGAGAAGAAAGUCCGCAAGCGGCGGUUACGUUGCCCGAUAAAAUUCCGGAACCGGUGGCGAUGGAAAAGACUCCGAAGCACCGGGAGCCCGAGCCUGAAGUAGUUCUUGAGACGAGCGAGAGAACAUCGCCGGAAGUAAUAUCGUUGUGCGACGAAACAACGUCCGCGAAGUCUCAGACGAUCGAGGAAAAACGUAAAUCUUGUUACUCGAAUAACAGCGAAAAUUACGUGCCAUACAUGAGCGAAGAUCUCGACUCGGGUAAAGUCGCGAUUGCUGAAAGAGCGAAGUUGGAUAGAGCGGAGGCCGACGAGCGUUGGGUCCCGCCGAGCGGCAUGGACAAUUUCAAUCCGAACGACGUUCACUUGAACCAACUUAUCGAGAGCCAGAAUCAUCGUUACGCGACUCACGGUUUCCCGAACGACAUCGCCGCUGUCAUAGCCGGCAGCAACGCCGAAGCUUUGGUUCACGCCCAGCUCAAUCUCAAUCUCCAAGACCAGUAUCAAUUGAUGCAACAUCAUCAUCAGCAGCAACAACGGCAUCAUCAAGAACACCAGCAGCAACCGCAGCACGUUAUGGUUCGGCCCAUGCAACAUCUCGAUCCCCACGAAUCCCGAGUCCAACCGAUCAACAUGAUGGAUCACCAGCAGCAGCAGCAGCAGCAACAACAACAACAACAACAACAACAGCAGCAGCAGCCGCAACAAGUUGCCAACAUGCCAAAUUCCCUCGUGGAGGAAAUGCAGCCCAUGGAAAUGAUGAAUCGUCACUUCAUGAGCCUCGCCAACACCGAGGAGGAUCACGUUAACCCGAUGGAGCGUCAAAUCGAAAAGGACGAUGUCGCUUCCGAACUGAGGCAAGAUUAUCAAACCUCCGGUUCACCUUACGACGUAAACAAUUCGCGUCAGGAUACCCGAUGGGCCGAGUCUCAGGUAUUACCGUCACGUAGAUCGACCUCCUCCUCCAUAACGUCGGCAUCUUCGAACGAGGAACACGCGGCAAUGCCACCUUACAAAAAUAUCCAACAGAUACCGUUUCAGCCUUGCACCAUGGAGGCAGGAGCUUACCAUCCCUAUCCCGAGGCGACCUACGCCGGGCCCGUUUCAUUAUUUCCCCCGCAAUCUUGCACCGCACCUCUGCCUUAUCCGUCACCCGGUACCGCGAUGUUUCCACCUAACGUGUUCGGUGCUCCUUUCCCAACGUCACAAGGCCUCAUGCAACACGUGAGCAAACCUCUCGAGGAAUCUCUAAACAUGCAAGCUUCACCGUGUACCGCUGCUUUCACUUCGUCCUCGCACAAUAUGGCACUCACCGCCGCGAUCGUAUCACCGACCAAAAUUCCAACACCUCCGCCACAAUCGACCAUGACCACCGAGGCUGAAAGCCACCAACAACUGCAGCAGCAGCAGCAACAGCAGCAGCAGCAGCAGCAACAACAAAACGCUCAGGAACUCUCGAGUCACAAUGCCAAUUCUCAAGCACUGGAUCAUAUCACUUACGGCAAUAACAGCAUGAACGAGACGAGAAUAAACGAAACGAGCUGUGGCACCGUAGAUGAAACUAUUACAAAUCCCAUAACGAGCGAUCCUAAAGCAACCGGAAUUUCAGCUACGCCGACAACCACUUCCGCCACGCCACCCAUUGCAUCACUGUCGCAAUCGCAAACGGGCAAAAAAUCACCGUCCAAACCGACGAGAACGUCAACAAGAGUGACGUCUUUGCAGGGCAAAUCACCGGGCAAAUCACCUCGCCAGGAAACCCCGAAAACUGUACCGAGCUCCAGGGCGCGAGGCCGAGGAGCCAAAGGGGCCCAACAAGGCGGCCAGCGCGGACGAGGUCGCGGCCGAGGCCGAGGACGAGGUAGAAACAAUCAGAGCGUUGCUCAUCCUAUUUUACCGUCUUUAUUGAACACCAUGCACCUCGAUGAUUCGAUACAGAAUAAAUUGAUCGGUACCGUCUACGAUUUCGACUCAGACGAGGACUCAACCAACGAGACGAAUAUCGCCGAUCUCAGAACAAUGAGAGAACGCAAAAAGUCUACGGACGUCGGUGAAAAACGUGAAAUUUCGAGCUUAGCUAAAGAUAACAUGCAAUCGAGACUCUCCAGUCCAGGGGUCCACAAAAAAUACAUCGACGAGAAAAUAAUCGGUUCACCGGAUCUUCGCGACGCGACGAGUAUCGCCGAGUCGGUAGGCAACACCGGACAAUCCUUCACCGAUACGGUUAUGCCGCUUUUGCCAGGCCCGGUUGACAUGAGAACUUACAAUUCGACGAUCGACGCUCAGACCUCAUCGCUCCACGCGCCCUCGUACACAAAUCAUUUGUUGAACUCGUUUAGCGGCGUAACGGCAGAUCCCUCGAUCCCCGACAUCGACGAGGACCUUGAAAAGGAAUUGAGUUUGCAUUCAGCCCUGAUCGCGAGUAAAUCGCAGUCCGAGGUUUGCGCCAAGCUCGAUCCCUGCAAUCCCGCCGUCUUGGAACUGCCUCUGCCGUCGGUCGUCGAAGCUACCAAAGUUUCUCUCACGGAUUCGAGGAACCAAUUGAAGGUUAAAAUCAAGGGGCCCGUCAUGGACGCGAAUUACGUUCCUGCCUCCUCGGUUCCUCCUCUCGCCCAACAAGCUCCGGUCGUUGUAACACCGACCGCGACCAGCGCCUCGGGCACUUCCAAUCUUCGUCGUAUGAGAAAGAAAGAAUUGUUGAGACAGUACUGCUCGCAGGACAUGAACACCGACGAUCCUAGUUACGGAAAUGUGAUAACGGCCCCGAUAACGAUACCGCCGCUCAAUCGAACUGUCAUCACGAUACCAAAGGCCGUUGCCUCUAUGACGAGCAUACCGACGAGGGAGGAUUACAAAGCUGUGGUCGACGCGAACAUGGAAAAAAAGAGGAGAAAAGAGCGAGGAGGUUUCAUGGACGUUCAGGACGAGGACGGGGUCAGCGAGAGGCGGAGAGGCGGUGUGGUUGGCGGUAACGUUGAUCGCAGGCGAGGACGACAGACGAGGCCGCCGUUGCCAUCGCUGACGAACAGCGGAGCUCCGAUGAGCCUCGCAAGUCCCGGCUUUGGCGGAGUACCCAGUAGCGGCGUUGGUGGCCUCGGCGUAGCCGGUGCUCCACCAAAGUUAAAGAUCAAAAUAGGAAACAGUAUAAUCGGUCAAGAAAUGACGAGCGUUCAGGACAGCCGAAUUCGACCGCCGAAAAAGCGUUUGAGUAACAUGCAGAGCAAGCCGAGUAUCGAGGAGCUCAAACGAGAGUCCAUGAAAUUCCGCAGAAUGAUAAUGGCCGGUUUUGACAACGACGAGAAAACUAAAGGAAAGAGUAAAAAGGACAAAAACAGUAAAAGAAAAAAGAGACAAUCCAACAAAAACAAAGAGGGUCGAGUGCAGAUAUUGGACGGUGGUGAUCCGGCGACACCCAAAUUAAUAAUACGUUUGGGCAAGGGGACUUCGAGCGCGACGAGCAACGAUUGCCUCAACGAGUCUACGUCGUCCGGGAUCAGCAAGAAGUCGUCAACGACAGAGAAUCGCGAAAGCGUCGAAUCUCGGGUCGGCGGACACCCCGCGACCGGUGAAAAUACCAACGAAGAGACUCGGCCCAACGCCGAGACGACGAAGGACUCGAAGAAGCAUCAAAACCAGCAACACCAACAGCAAUCGUCAUCACCGAGCGAUCGUAACGCCAGCAGUGUCGCCGCCUCCUUGAGAAACGUUAGAUCUUCCAAGGUCACACCUAUUAGAUUAAAAUUAACGAGAUGCCAGGAGGGUUACGAACUUAAAGCACCAGUGGCUAAUAGUGCGAGUGACGACGGUUGUGCUACGGCCAUUACGAACUCUGUUGACCCGGAGACUAAUGUCGAUCAUACUAAAACCAACGACAGUUCAAACCCGUCCUCGUCGUACCCGGGAACCGCUAACGCGACGACGACAACCGCACCAACCUCGACCCUGACAACCUUAACAACGACCGCAACGACGACGACGACGACGAGCACGGGUAGCAACGCUUCGACUGGCACAGGGACUACGACGACGACGACGACGACGACGACGAGUACGAGUACGAGUACGAUAUCGCCCAGGACUGAUACCACGUCCGAUAACAAAUCGGAAAAUAAAUCUUCCAAAGACGACAAGUUAGCUAUCCUCAAGCAAUCGACGACACACAACACACCAGGCUGUCCGCCUGCACCGCUCCCACAAGGAUGCCAAGUUAGGUGAUAAUUAAUGAUAAUUGUAUAAAUACAGUAAACAAUAACGGUUCUUACUUGAAUAGAAUUUUAAUAUACAAAACGAAUUGCGAUUUAUAUAUUCAUAUAUACGUAUUCAUAUAUAUCUUAAUAUAUAUGUAUACUCUCAUAUGUGUGUAUAUAUAUAUAUAUAAAACGCUCUAUCUCUCCCUCUCUAUAGCUCUUUCUUUCACGCGAUAUGUAAAUACAUUAUUAUUAAUAUUUCUUACAUGUAUGAUAAAGAAUUCGACGAUCGCGAAAUCACGAUCUGACCCUCCCCGCCCCCCCCCCCUUCCCGCCACCUCUCGCUCUUUUCCCCUUAAACCCAUUUAGAAACGUUUAUUUUUAUCCGUGUAAUAUAAAUUAUUGAAAUUUCAUUGUAAAUGUAAAUCGCGAUCUGAAAGGGUGAAGUGAAAUGUCACAAAGUGCCCAAGAUAUUAAGACGAAAGGAAACGGCAACAACAAAAGUAUAAUAAGAAAUUCGUACGCGUUAUUAUCGAGCGCAUGUGCAUUUCGAGACACGGAUGGUCAGAAUUUCAAGUGUCUCGUUCAUCGGAAUAUGUUUCGUCCCGUUUUCUUCAUUCGGAACCAAGUCCUUUAAACUUUUUUCUUUUGUACCUUCCCCCGACCCAGCCCGCUGCCGCCAUCCGGAUCUCGUUCGGUAAUGUUUUUGUUAUUUUCUUCUUUGUGUAAAUAUGCGAUGAGAACGUACGACACUUUUUCGUAUCGCCCACGGUAACUAAGUACUAUGUGAGAGAGAAUGAGCGAGAGAGAGAUAAAUUUGUGAAAAAAGAAAAGAAAUAACGUUGAGAUGAAUAUUGUGAGAGAAAUCAAUUGCUGGAUGUGCUGCACGGUUUUGUACAGACGCCAAUCUUUUUUUAUCUUCUUUUGUUGUAACUCGGUUUUUUCUUUUUUUUUUUUUUGACGUCUCUUUUUGGAUAUUUUGAAGGCCUCGAUUUUUAAUGCAACAUCCGCAUGAGAAAUGUUAUGGAAAUACUAGAAGGAUCAAACCGCAAAGCGACAGGUCGUCUGACACAGGCAGCGAAAUAUAUCGGGCAUACUCAGUGCAAAUAUAUUAAGUCUUUUUUGUUUUCUUUUUUUUAUAUAUUAUAUAUAUAUAUAUAAAUGUACAUGUACAUUUAUAUAAGUACACUCGAUACUUAUUUCGUGCAAGAGAGAAUUUUUAGCUAGAAAAAUUACCAUUAUUUUUUUACGUUUAUUUAUUAGAAAGAACUUUGUGUGUAAUCGAAGAAAAAAAAACAGAAGAAAAGAAGUCUUUAUUCCCCCGCCGCCGCCGCCGCCGCCGCCGCCUCCCGCUCCCCUGCCUCCCUCACCCUCCUUUUUAUUAUUAUUUACCUCUGCGUCUUGGAAUCGCUGCGUCGAUGGCGGCCGUGUUUGUAUAGCGUCGAGGCCGAAUAUUCUGCGAUCCAUCCACGAGUUUUAUUAAUGUAAACAAAGUAUAUUAGUGCGCGUUACAAAAGAAAAGAAAAGUAAAUAAAAAAGAAAUUUAAUAAAGAAAGAAAAAUGAAAAAAGAAAAAAAAACCAAAAAAAAAAAACAACAGCAGCAGCAAUCACGGAACACACUUGUAUCUAGAAUAAUACAAAAAUACAAAGCGCUCGUGUGCUAAGGUUGGUGGACGCCCGUAAGAUUAUUAAAAUAAUAUAAAAAUAAACAUAAAAACAAAAACAACAAUUAAAAUAUAAUGAGAAUUAAAAAACAAAUAAAUCUGCUCAAAGUGACGAUUGAUACCUUAGCAGGAGCCAUAACUUUGAAAUUACCCUUGUACAAAAUAUUCUUCAUGAAUCACUGCUUCGAAUCGUGAUUUUUAAAAACUAUAGCUAUAUUAUUGAACGAAGCAAAAAUUUUAAUAAAAACACUAUGAACAUAUAUAUAUUAAAAUAUAUAUAUAUAUAUAUAUUUGCGAUGAUUAUUCAUUUGAAGAAAAAAACAACAUUUGAAAUCACGCCUGUGUCAAUCCACAAGUCUCGCGGUUGUAAGGUGUCUCUGUUUGUGUCUGUGCGUAAAUGCGAAAUUCGUGGAAAAACCUCGACGCGUGUCCGACGGCCAGGGGAAAAAAAUGUUUGUAGAUGGAAAAAACGCUAAUGUCAUUUUUUUUCCAAUGUUAAAUCCUCUUGAAAUGACACCGGAAAGUGCUACAAAUUAGUGAUCAUUGACGUCGCUAAAUUUUACAAUACGGAACACCGGAGGAUAAUCGAUUUUUACAAAUUUUUUAAAUACAUCGUUUUUCCGAAAUAUUAUUCGCGUUUAUUUUAUCGUUGACGACUCAAAAAUAACAGAAAUUUUUUACUAACAGUUUUAUAAAACCGACUGUACCGGUGUCAUUUUCUUGGUAUAUAAGGAGACACUUUCUGUUCCAUCCGGCGUAUUAAGUAUGUAACCGAAGAGAUGAAAGUCACGUCCGCAGUUGUAGACGCCAUAUUUACGUGUCAAAUUGAUUUUCGUAUCGAAAUUGUGUGCUAUUUAUGGCGCCCACAAAUGAGUUCGCUAUCGAUCUCGAUGGAAACAAUAAAAUUCGAUCAAAAAUAAUGAAGGGAAAGGGGGAGGAGGAAGAGAGAAUCCCUGAGAUACGACAUAGCUGAGUAAAUUUCCUGGCAUAAAUAUCAAAGCCCCCCUACACACAAUAUUAUUAAAUGUAGUGCCUAGGCCAAUUUAUUCGAAAGUUCGAUGAUUACGAAACAUCAUAGAAAGAGAAAGAAGAAAAACAAAAACAACUGAACCCCGGUGGCAUAUCGAAAAUGGUAUUAAAAAAAAAAACUCGAGAUUUCGAACAAGCUCGGUACAAAAUGUGGUUAAGAAUGACGGAGGCGACGAACAAAAAUUUGACAUUUUUAUCGGCUCGUGAACAAAAAUCAUUCUUCCCCAAGUAGCACAAAACCAAUGAAUUCGUCGUUAAAAUACGACUGAUUAAAGGACGAAACACAAUGACCACAACUUGUUAAUUUUUUAAAUAAUUUUUUAAAGAUUAUUCGAAAACACCCAUAAGAAUCGCCCCUCGAUAACAGAGAAAAACUAUGGAAUAUAAUCGAUCUAAAUUACCCCGAGUAAAAAUAGUGCACGUGGAAGAACGGAAAAGAAAAACUAAAUGAAAAAGCCAUAGCUUUGUACAUACUACGUAAAUAAUUUAAGGGAUUAAUCUGUAUGCAAUAUUUUUUAAAGAAAUAUCGUAUAUCAGAUUGCAGCGAAAUUCGUUUUAGAUAAUUCACACUGAAAUAUCAAUUGUUGACUACGAUUUAAAAUACAAAUUUUUUUUUUCAACAUUAUUCGCCAUUUUUUUCACACACCUGUUAUACAUAUUACAACAAAACACGACCAUAAUGUUUUUUUCAUUUUUCAACACACACACACACACAUACACAAAUACCUACAAAAAAAACCCCUUAAUUAUACGACAAAUACCUUACAUUGGAAAAUGUAUAUAAAAUUAAUACGCCAGUGAUAAGAAAAAUUCUCAAGAGCCUAUACCACACGUUGUACAGUUUUCAAUGAACGAUGAAGAAUUUACGUUGAUUUUUGCUAAUUUAACUUGUGGGUAAAUACUAAAGUAUGUUAUAAUAUAACGAUAAAAAAAUUUUCGAUGCGACGGCGAUACGGAUUGAACAUUACUGCAUAUACAUAGAUAAUUUUAUUAUUAUUACUAUUAUUAUAAUCAUUAUUAUUAUGUAUACAUAUAUAUCUAUGUAUAUGUAUAUAUACGCAUAUUAUUGCGAAUAAGUAACAUAUGGUCAUUAGAUAAUUGUAAAUACUGUAUACAAGAAAAGCUGGUCUUGUAAGAUAAAGGUAAGGUGUUUUAAUGUGCACAUAGCCGCGUCAUUGUCAAUAAUCAUAUAAUUACGAUCAAUAAUAAUUACAGUUUUUUAAAAA